AUGGCAGAUCCCGAAGGGCCGGCUACGUUUGAGAAAGCCACGCCAGCAGAGAGCGUCCAAGUAGACGUCCCCAAAUCGCCCGAACCUCUGCCGACACUGAGCUGCUGGGAGCGGUGCUUCGAGGUCAUCGCCACAGUGAUCACGGGCAUUGUCUUCAUUACGAAGCUCCUGAAGCCUGUAUCGAUUUUCAUCGGCUGCUGCGCAUUCGUCUGGAUCUGCUGGGCCAUCCUUCAGUUCUGCAGGCAUGGUUCCAGGAUUCUUUUCUUGUGGGGAAUGCGCGUCGACCAGCCCAACUUACGAAGAAGUUUUCUGUUUCCGAGCCUCUUCGCCAUCUUUGCCAUUAUCUUCAUCUGCGUGGGCGCGGCUGUGCAAGGCCGAACGAUUGUAUUCGACAACUGGCACUUGUGGUUGAUUUUCUUCAUUUAUCCUUUCUACGGUGUCUUGCAGCAUGUGAUGCUGCAGGCUUUUUUGAUGCGAAGCUCGGCAAUGGUCGGGAUAUCGUUUUGGACCCAGGGAUGA